AGCGGGAGAGGACCGGCGGAGGACCGGCAGGAGGAGGAGGAGGAGGGAGCGACGGCGGUGGCCGGGGUGGCUCGGUGUCCCGCCCGACCCCGGCCCAGGUCGCUCAGAGGCACUCCAAAUAUUUCGCAUUACCUUGAUGCUACCGAUAAAACAAAGAUGGCUUUAAACUCAGGGAUACCACCAUACGGACCCUAUUAUGAAAACCGUGGUUAUCAGCCCGAAAACUUCUCUCCUCCAAGGCAUCCUGGAGAUCCCACUGCUUAUGUGCCUUACCCAGCUCCGUACUAUCCUUCUCCAGUGCCUCAGUACAUCCCCAGGGUCCUAACGCACAGUUCCUCACCCUCAGUCCUCGUUCAACCCAAACCGCCAUCCGGGAUCGUGGUUACCUCAAAGGCUAAAAAGGCGAUAUGCAUUGCCUUUUCAGUUGCAAUACUUUUAAUUGGUGCUGUGAUUGCGGCCAUUUUUAUCUGGAAGUUUUUUGAAAAUAAGUGUUCGGGCUCUGGAAUAGAGUGCGGGUCAUCAGGGACCUGUAUCAGUCCCUCUUUCUGGUGUGAUGGCAUAUCCCAUUGCCCCAGUGGCGAAGAUGAAAACCGUUGCGUUCGUCUCUAUGGGCCAAAGUUCGUCCUUCAGGUUUACUCAUCUCAAAACAAAUCCUGGUAUCCUGUCUGCCAAGACGAUUGGAAUGAUGAUUAUGGGAAGAUAGCAUGUAAAGACAUGGGGUAUAACAGGAAUAGCUUCCACUUGAGUCACGGAGUAACCGAUUCCAGUGGUGCUACAAGUUUCAUGAAGCUGAACAUGAGUUCCAGGAACAUAGAUCUGUAUAAGAAGCUAUACAACAGUGACGUCUGUUCCUCCAAGAUGGUGGUGUCUCUGCGCUGCAUAGAGUGCGGCACGGCCUCCAGAGCGAGCCAGUUGAACCGGAUCGUUGGGGGGGCGGUGGCAAGCCCGGGGGAGUGGCCCUGGCAGGUCAGCUUGCACGUCCAAGGAGUCCACGUCUGCGGCGGCUCCAUCAUCACUUCGGAAUGGAUCGUCACUGCAGCUCACUGCGUGGAAGAACCUGUUUCCAGUCCACGUUACUGGACAGUAUUUGCAGGUAUUCUGAGACAAUCUGCCAUGUUCUAUGGGAGUGGAUACAAAGUGCAGAAAAUAAUUUCUCAUCCAAAUUACGACACCAAGUCAAAGAACAACGACAUCGCCCUUAUGAAGUUGCAAGCUCCAUUAACGUUCAAUGAGAACGUAAGACCGGUGUGCCUGCCUAACCCCGGAAUGAUGUUCGAGCCCAAUCAGCAGUGCUGGAUAUCUGGAUGGGGCGCCACACACGAAAAGGGAAAAACCUCAGACGUGUUGAAUGCAGUAACGGUACCAAUUAUAGAACCAUGGAAAUGCAAUAGUAGAUACGUCUACAAUCACCUUAUCACACCGGCCAUGAUUUGUGCAGGUUAUCUCAAGGGAGGGAUUGAUUCCUGCCAGGGUGACAGCGGAGGCCCUUUGGUCACUGAGAAAGAUGCCCUAUGGUGGUUAGUUGGGGAUACGAGUUGGGGAUCCGGCUGCGCCAAGGCCAACAGACCUGGAGUCUAUGGAAACCUGACCCUAUUUACCGACUGGAUUUACCGUCAGAUGCAGGCUUACAGUUGAUCUGGGGCCUCCGCAUCAGCAAGUCAAUCAAGGUCCUGAAUGUUCUGUGUGAAUUAAGCAAUAAUUUGGAGGUCCUGACAUUUAUUUUUAAUUGAGUAGCAGAUGUGACCAACUUUGCACUCUUCCCAGUUCUGUGCAGGCUGCAGAAACUUUCUUCCCACCACCUUCCCUCAACAUAACUCUCCCCCCGCACCCUCCUCCCUUCCUCAUCCCACUCCCUCGCCCCCGCCCCAGAUCUCAAAAGCACUUUAGGUUUUUAUGCAGUGGCUGUGGUCAGAAACGAAACGACUCCUCGGAGCGCCCGGGGUCUUUAUCCAAUCGGAAUAUCCCACCCCGGGAAGUGGAGAUUCUAGAGUUCCGAGCGUGACCCUCUUUCUCUCCCAAGCGGAGCCUACCGGCCGCGGUCGAUUCAGAGGCCGUCGCCGUCCAUGCGGCUCCGGACCUCUCGGCUGCCGGCCGGCUCCGGGUGGAAAUUCGUGAGCUCUCGCGGUAGAGGGUGGGGUGGGGACUGGCCCCUGGCAGGUAGGCAGGGAGGAGGUGGGCCCACCCCCGGGGGGGUUUGUCCUGCUGUUUGCUCCGGGUCGGGCUGACCCGUCUUGGUGAUUUCCGGGCCAGUAGACGAGAACAGGACUUAGCAGGGGCCUAGUUUGGUGAAGUGAUGAAGUGACACGUGACCGUCAGUGGAAGCCCAGCCCACGUCAUUGGAUGGCCAGGACCCCUUCCCCUCCUCUCGCGCCUGCUGAUCUUAGACAGAUCGGGGCCGGCUCUGACAAUCGGGGACCCGCGGUUGCCAGUGUAUUGUUUCCACGUCACGUUUUCUAUAUGCGACUACCUCAGCGUUAAACCGAUUAUCCAGCUUUUCGUACCUUGGCACCAUGGAAAAUUCUGACCCUCUGGUGUCCAUUCUCAAUCAGAGGCUUUGCAAUGGGAAAGGAUAGUAAUUAAAGAAACCGGGGCACCACGGGAUACUAGAUACUAAAGGGGGAUACAGGGUGAUGCCUUGUCCCCACAGUAAUUUUCACCGCGGGGAAGGGGCAGUAUUUUUGUCGCCAUCCGGGGCGGUUCAAGAAAGAAGGCCUGGUGUCGGUAUUUCACUUUCUCUCUCCUUUUCCCACGGAUACCCUGAUUCUGGUGAGAUUAAAUGUUUGCUUUGCCACAACUAACUCUUACCCCGUGUUGCCGUGGAGAUCUUGUCCGGGAGAAGUUGCAUCGUUUGGCCUUUGGUGGGGAGGAGGAGGGAGAUGGGAAAUGCACAUUUCUCCGAGACUGUAAAGCAGUGAAUCACAAGGUGCCAACCAAUCAAGGCAGGAUUUUUUUUUUAAUGGUUUCUUACAGAGAAAACAUUUCCCUUCCUUAGUGCCUACUUUUAUUUAUAUGUGACCAAUAAUUUUGUCGAAUGUUUUGUAUCAUUUUAAACUGUAAAAUUCGAUUGCGUAUUAUCGUGCAAAUAAAUUAUAUACUUUUUUUUCAAA